AUGACCCUCGCAGUGAAGGGAGAGCGUGCCUUCGAGCGGCAAGGCGAAUACAUCCGCGAGAGGAGAACGGGUAGCAAGGUAGCAUGGAUACCACAAACUUCCAAUAUGCAGUCACAACAACAGAGCGGCUCGCGCAACACUGGGUCCCCAAGCCAAGGUGGCAGAUUGCAGCAAAAAACUAGUAAGAGCAGUGGUAGCGGGUCACAAAAAGCUCCAAGCGGAACUAGAAGUGAGCAUUCUCGGUCGCCUAUGCCAGGCAGAGCGCUAUCAGCGGUCGGACUAGGGAUACAAAGUGCGGCUUCGAGUAGCUUGGGAAGAUCAAUUGGACAUGGAAGGCGCAGGGGAACAGGAUAUGCCCCAUCAUGUGGAAGAGGUUCUCCCAGUAGACUUGUGAGGGGUCGAGGUGGCUACAGAGGCCGUUCAGGAGGGACAAGUUCGUAG